AUGAGUGACCAGGAUAUCACUUACGCAACUGUGAGAUUUCAUAGGUCUUCAGAAUUGCAGAGCCGAGUGAGGCCUGAUGAGAUUCAAGGGCCCAGAGAAACUGGACACAGAGAGUGUUCAGUCCCCUGGAAGCCCAUUGUGAUAUCCCUUGGAGCCCUUGGUUUCCUUCUGCUGCUAACUGUCGCAGUGUUGCUGACACAGACUUUUCAGUAUAGUCAAGAAAAGCUUGAACUGCAGAAAAAUCUAAACAAUCUUACUCAAAAGUGCAGCACCACGCAAAAUGACAGCUACUUAAUUGAAGAAAAAUUGAGAAAUAUGUCUACAAAGUACGAUGCCCUCCAAUACCAGCUGCAACUAGACACCCUCAACAGAGAAGAGAGCAGAUGCUACAGGGAAACCAAGAUUGUUUUAGAUUGUUCACAGCCCACAGGCAAACGUGGUGAAGAACGCUGGUUCUGCUGUGGCAUAAAGUGUUAUUAUUUCAUCCCGGACGAUAAAGACUGGCGUGGGUGUAAACGGACCUGCCAGGCUUGCGGCUUAUCCCUUUUGAAGAUAGAUGAUGAUGAUGAACUGAAGCUCCUCCAGCCCCAGCUUUCUGAAAACAGUUACUGGAUUGGACUAUCCUAUAACACCAAAGGGGAAUGGACGUGGAUUGGGAACGGCCCAUCUAAAGUGUGA